AGAAGCUUGCGAAAUUAUUCUGUCGAGCUCCCAUUCAGAGCUGCCCGAAUGCCCGCAUUGCCUUGUCCCGAUAUAAGCUCUUGCCCUCGCCUGUGUCAAGAUGGAUCCCGUUCUUAUCUACGGUCUGGCACUGCUCUUCUACACUACUCUCAGGACUUCUGAAGACUAUCGCCUCGUCUCCAAACUGAGUCGGCUACUGUACCCUCAAACGAUCGGCGGCAAGCCAUUGAUCGUUGACAAUGGCACCAGUCGCAACCGAGUCGCCCAUUGAACCGCCGCUGUUUAACUACCACAACCCGAACCCGAAGAUCUUCCCGGAUGGCAUCAAAACCAGUGGGCAAACACAUCCAGACUACUCGCAGAUCAAGCCUUACGAAGACUUUCCUAAGGAGAUCACUGGAGCAACGGUGUGGAAUCGCGACGACUACCAACACAAUCCAGAACGAUGGGUGCAUCGAUUCAGCGAUGAGGAGAUCAAAGAAAUGAACGAUGCCGCAGAUGCAUUUCUCGCGUCCGGCACACCUAUGACUGGUAUCACAAAGGAGCAAUUCCCACUCCCGAAAUUCGCACCAUUCCUCGAAAGCAUGCGCAAAGAAAUUCUCAACGGCAAAGGCUUCAUCCUCUUCAAAGGCUUCCCGGUGCUUGAAUGGGGCAACCACAAGACUGCUGUAGCGUACAUGGGUCUCGGCACCUAUCUUGGCUACUUUGUCUCUCAGAACGGCCUUGGACACGUAUUGGGCCACGUCAAAGACACAGGCGCAGACCCGACACAAAUCGACAAGGUCCGCAUCUACCGCACAACAGCCCGCCAAUUCUUCCAUUCCGACGAUUGCGAUAUCGUUGGUCUUGUCUGCAUUGCGAAAUCGCUGGAAGGUGGAGAGUCAGACAUCGUAAGCGUACACCACGUCUUCAACACCCUUCAAAAAGAGCGACCAGAUAUCGUCAAGACACUCUGCGACCCGAUCUGGUAUUUCGAUCGCAAAGGUGAAGUUUCCACGGGCCAGGAGCCCUACACUCGCCAACCGGUCUUCUACAAAGAGACUGGGGAGAACGGCAGAGUGUACUGCAAAUGGGAUCCCUACUACAUCAAGAGCUUGACAAGAUUCAGUGAUGCUGGUGUCAUUCCACCACUUUCUGAAGCGCAAAAGGAGGCAGCUCAGGUGCUUGAGGAUACUUGCAUGCGAUUGUCGCUACAUAUGGUUUUGGAGAUUGGAGACAUUCAGUUCUUGAGUAAUGCUCAUGUUUUGCAUAGCCGGACUGCGUAUAAAGACUACCCUCCGCCAGCACCGAGACGGCAUUUGAUGCGUCUGUGGCUUGCUACGCCUGAGGAUGAGGGUGGUUGGAAGCUGCCAUUUGCGGAUUCGAAGCAUAAGAAGCGGGGUGGUGUGCAGGUUGAUGAUACGCCUCCUCGAGCCCCAAUCGAUGCGGAGUAGGCUGCAAAAUUUUUGUUGGAGUUCUUGAGAUACGGUGGUAGAUAGGCCGAACACGAAGAAGAACUGGAAAUAAUAUGACUCUUUCCAG